GGAAAGGCUCCCCGCAGCCCUGGGGGUCCCCCCAGCAGGGCGGGGGACACUGGCAGGGCACCCAACCAUGGCCUUCACCAUGCUACGUCCCGUGGCCGCCCGCGUCCUCUACCCUGACCUCAGCAUCCUCUCGGAGGACGAGGAGAACCGGAGCGAGAGCGAGACGUCGGACCAGUCGUUCGGCUGCUGCGAGGGGGCCGAGGCUCGCCGCAAGCUGCCGCGCAAACCGGGGCCCAUGGUGAUGGUGAAGCAGAGACAGGCGGCGAACGCGCGGGAGCGGGACCGGACCCAGAGCGUCAACACAGCCUUCACCGCCCUGCGCACCCUCAUCCCCACCGAGCCCGUGGACCGCAAGCUGUCCAAGAUCGAGACCCUCCGCCUGGCCUCCAGCUACAUCUCCCACUUGGCCAACGUGCUGCUGCUGGGCGAGGGCUGCGAGGACGGGCAGCCCUGCUUCAGUGCCAUCUACGGAGCCAAGGGGGACCUGGACAGCAAACAGCCCCGCAGCAUCUGCACCUUCUGCCUCAGCAACCAGCGGAAAGGGGGCGGCCGGAGGGACCUCGGGGGCAACUGCCUGAAGGUUCGGGGGGUGGCUCCGCUGCGAGUGUCACGGAGAUGAGCCGGGGUCCAGCAGCACCCACCUGAGAGAGCGGCCAGCAGCGGCCGGAGCCGCGCACGCCAGCCCCACAGCCCGCAGCGGGGAGGGAGGGAGCUGCCCGGCCGAGGUGGCAGCGCCCGAGCCCAGCACCGCGGGCUGGCACCGAACCCACACCGGCCCCGGAGCCGUUGGCGGGGCGGGAGGACGCUCCCAUAGCCGAGGCCACCCGCGUGGGGCAGGACCGGGGAGGGGGUCCCCGCGCCCCAGGGCUGGACUGGAAGGGGUCCGUGUGCGGCCGGCGGCGAAGCCUGCCGGGGGGGACGGCGGCGGUGGCCCCGCGGGCGCUGCUCGUGCACGUGUGGCCGCUUGGACAAUAAACCUUAUUUUUGUGA